CGCAGUACAAUCCUGGACCUGUCCGGUGGCAUCACCAACACGUCACUCAAGCCCGCCUCCUUGGUCGCGGUCCGUGUGACGUCAGCUCUUCCUGUGUCGGGUGGGCCCUGGUGACCCGGAUUUGGGGCUGACAGGAUCGCAGCGGCGGCUGGCGAAAAUGGGCAUGGAGUCGCCCCCGCCAACCAUGAUAGAGGGCCUUGGCGAUGAGGUGACCGUUGCAGUGGGCCUCUUUAUCCUGCUCUUGGCCCUCGUUCUGGCAUGGCUAUCAACCUACGUGGCCGAGGGCAGCGAUCCCCUACUGGGCAGCCUAAUGCCCGCUGGACGUAGAGAACCUCUUCUGGGCCUCAGCAACCCGGUGCCCCCAAAUCCUGAAGUGCAGAGGACUGUGGAGCCCCAAGUGGAGAAGCCAGAAGAAGGGGAGCAAGGCCAAGCUGGAGAACAGGGCGCUGGCAGUGAAAACGCUAGUCUUGACCAGAUGCUCGAUAUCCAAGGAGUUCCUAAGCGCGGCCAGCCUGUGCACGCUAUAAGCGAAGCCGAUGAAGACCUAGCAGAGGGAGAGGUUGAUGGAGUGGACAGUUCUCAGGAAGUUGCAGGACAGAAAGUCCCACCAGAAGAGAAAGAGACGGAGCGGGAUAGUGCCACAAAGCAGCAGGAUCAUGAAUGGAGGAAGAGAGCAGGCAAAGGCCAGGAGCAGGCACAGCCUGAGGAAGAACUAAUCACCGUGCGGCUGAAAUUCCUGAAUGAAACUGAGGAAGUUGCCUUGGUGAGGCCAGAUGAUACCAUCGGAACUCUGAAAAGUAAAUAUUUCCCAGGUCAAGAACCUCAGAUGAAGCUGAUUUACCAAGGACAGCUCCUGCAGGACUCUUCGCAGACCUUGCGCUCCCUCCAUAUCGCAGACAACUGCGUCAUCCACUGCCACCGCUCACAGGCAACCGUCUCCUCCUCCCCGGUAGGCCCCGAAUCUGUCGGCACGUCAACCGAGCACACCGGCCUCACCCCACCCCUUGGGAACCUGAUGAUACCAAUCUUUGUGGUCAUGCUGGCACUGAUCUGGUAUUUCCGGAUCAACUACCGCCAGUUUUUCACUGCCCCCGCCACGGUCUCCCUGUGCGGGGUCACCGUGUUCUUCAGCUUUUUGGUCUUUGGCAUGUACGGACGAUAGAACUGUGAAAA